UAGAAUAACACGUGACAACAAACCGAACGAACUUUACAUUUCCCGCGCAGUAUUGUCUCGUCUUGACUCCUUCAGUGAACAGCUUCAAAAUGGCAGGAAUAUUUGACGUCCCGAAACCCAGAAUAAUCUGCUCUAUGUUGUCUCAGAACAUCAACAAACCCGUCUGCUUCGUCGGUCGUGUGGAAAAGGUCCACCCGUCGGGGAAGACGUUCACAGUCUGUGAUGGAGAAGGGAAGACAGCCACUGUGGAGCUGAAUGAUCCUCUGGACGAGGAGCUGAGUGGAGUCGUGGAGGUGAUCGGGAUGGUUUCUAAUAAAGGAGUCAUCAUGGCCACGACUUACAACCUGCUGCGAGAGGACAAGGGCGUCCCUUUUGACCUGGAGCUGUACACUGAGGCUCUGAAAGUGAUCCAUGACUUCCCGCAGCACUACCCGUUCCAGAUGGCUGUCAGCGGAUGAGUUCUGUCCUAUUCCCACUUUCUGUUGUACAAAAUGUGUUUUAUUAAAUAAUUUCUGUCAGUAAAAUUAAAAUGUGUAAAGACCAAAAGA